CAAACGAAUCUCCUCUGUUCCAAAUGGACCCCCCUCUCCACACACUUUUUAUUUCAUUCUUAAACAAAAUAAAAUAAAAUAAUCCAAAAACUCAAUAGUUUCGUGAACUUGGAGCGUUUCGCUAGCUAGUCUGUGUGUCUACAUUCUACAGUCUAGUCUUACUUUUUAAAGAGAGAAAUAGAGAGAGAGAGAGAGAGUAAGGAACUCAUGAAAAUCAAUUUAGCUCUCUCUUUCCAUAUUUGAUUGUUUCUCCAAAACACUCAAACAGUCUUUCAAACAACAAAAGGAAGAUUUUCCUAUCAUACAUAAAAAUCCACCAUUUCUUUGAAUACAUAUAUCUAUCUGAAUAUCUCUUUUUAACCUUUACCUUCUCUAGUUUCAGACACGAAUAUAGGAAAGUAGGGCUUUCUUAUAUAAAGCUUUACAAAGCCUUAUACUGAAGUUCCUACGGCCACUCUCUCUCUUUUUAUUUAAUUUUUUUUUCUCAUUUUUACCCUUGGCCAUAACCAACUUUAGUCUAAAACCUCAUCAUCAUCAUAUUCUCACUUUCUCAAAUAUUUAAAGUAAGAAAAAGAAAUGAUGUCGCUCACUACUUCUAUGUUAGUCUUUGUUCUAGUUCUAUUCUCGUCCAAUUUUCUCCACUCCUCUCAGGCUAACAUUCUCGCCGAACCAGUCAGUGGCCACGACCAGCCUGUCAAGCCCGGAGAGUACUCAAGCCCAAACACGGUUCCGGCUUUUCCAGUCCAGACCCAAGCCAAGACAUGCCGCCUGGACCUCUCCGACGAGCUUUUCGGCGGCGUUAGGGAAGCCUGCGGCAGAGACCUCGACCGCAGCCGAUGUUGUCCCGUUUUAGCGGCGUGGCUCUUCGCAGCUCAUGCUAGGUCGGCUCUUGAGCUGUCUUCGGCUGCGCCGGCUCCAGCUGAGGUUGGUGGGGAGUUGCCGAUGAUGCCGGACGAUUCUCAAAAGUGUGUGAACUCGCUGCAGAGUUCACUUUUGAGUAGGAAUAUUCGGAUUGCGCAGCCUAAUGCGACGUGCGAUGCUGUGUUGUGCUUCUGUGGGAUUAGGCUUCAUCAGAUUGGCUCCCUUAGUUGCCCAGCGGCCUUUAACGUCUCAGGUCACCAUAACGCCACGCCUACUGCUGCCGUUAAGAAUUUGGAGAAGAACUGCCGUAACUCCUCUUAUUCUGGCUGCACUAAGUGCCUUGGUGCCCUCCAAAAGAUUAAGGGAGGAUACAAAAACGGCACUAACGGUGAACGACCAAGUGACCGGGCGAGCAAGAUGUUCAACAGGGAUUGCCAGCUCAUGGGGCUGACGUGGCUUCUGGCACGAAACAAAACGGCUUACAUACCCACCGUCUCGGCUGUACUGCGCGCCAUCAUGUACAGUGCGCACCCACCACACGAGUCCAAGUGCAGUCCGGACCAAGAGAACAUGCCACUGGCCGUUGAUUCACUGCAGUUCGAGAAGGCCCAAGCCUCAUCGUCACCGUCCAUAAUUUGGUUUCCGAUUCUACCCCUAAUAAUUUUGGUGACUCUGUUUGUUUAGUAUAUAUAGGAUUGUAGGGCCUGUUUAUCUCUUUCUAAUCUCCCUUCUCAACUUUCUACUCUCUCUGCCUUGUAUUUUUUUUUUCGGUAGUGGUUGUCGGGUCACGUGAUGCUACUAGACAAACGAGCUUAUUGGGUUGUUUUUGUCCUUUUUCACACCCCCACUGUAAAUUUCAGCUCGUCUUACUUAUUUUUCUUUUUACAUAUUACUACCAUCUUUUCGAAAAUUGGAAUACAAAGUUCAUAAUUUUUAACA